AUGUCGGCGGAGAGCAUCAAGGUGGCGGUGCGCGUGCGUCCGUUUAAUGGGCGCGAGAAGGAGCAGAACUCCAAAUGCAUUAUUCGCAUGCAGGCUCGCGGCACUUGCGUCGCCCUGAGACAUAGUACGCUGCUACCCGCAGGGACCAAAGACGACCAUUAUAAGUCCGGAGGACGGGGUUGA